AUGCCAUAUUGCAUAUUCUCCUACGAAUUGACCGGAAACCGCGCGUUGUAUCUUGGCGACGGUGAUCGACACGAAACCGCCUUCAACCAAUACGAAGUCGUCGUUCCCUUCAACGCCUAUCGAGACCCCGAGCUCGCUGCCAACACGGACGGGCAUUGCCGUUACUCUCUACACAUCUACCCCAGUCAGCAGUUUGCUCAGGGAUACAAGUCCAGCCUUCCCAUCGUCUUCACUUCCCUCGUGGCAGCCACCUUCUUCCUCAUGGCUCUGACCUUCUUGGUCUACGACCGCUUCGUCCACCGCCGUAACAUCAAAGUGGUUAAUGCCGCUGCUCGAUCUAACGCUAUCGUGUCAUCGCUGUUCCCUUCUAAUGUCCGUGAUCGCUUGUUUGAAGAUGCCAAGGCAAGAAGCGACGUCAACCAGGCCGCCCACUCUCGUCUCAAGACGUUCCUGCACAAUGGUGACUCCUCUGAUACCGCCAUCACUGACGAGAAUGCGCAUCACAGUGACUUCUUCAAGACCAAGCCCAUUGCUGAGCUGUUUCCCCAUACUACCAUCAUGUUUGCAGAUAUCAGCGGCUUCACGGCAUGGAGCUCGUCUCGAGAGCCGGCACAAGUCUUCCAGCUGCUGGAGACCCUGUACCACUCGUUCGACGAGACGGCCAAGAAGCGUCGUGUCUUCAAAGUCGAGACGGUCGGCGACUGCUACGUUGCCGUUGCUGGACUGCCCGAUCCGCGAAAGGAUCAUGCCGUAGUCAUGGCUCGAUUUGCCAAGGACUGCAUGCACCAGAUGCACUCGCUGACAAGAAAGCUGGAAGUAUCUCUAGGCCCGGACACGGCCGACUUGUCCCUACGAAUUGGGUUACACAGCGGACCCGUGACUGCCGGUGUCCUGCGCGGGGAGCGGUCUCGUUUUCAGCUCUUUGGAGACACCAUGAACACGGCAGCAAGGAUGGAAAGCAACGGAAUUCGCGGCCGCAUUCAAAUCUCGCAGGAGACGUCCGAUCUGCUUGCAGAUGCUGGCAAGACCCAGUGGUUCGUUGCACGCGAGGAUACGAUUGUGGCCAAGGGAAAGGGCGAGCUCAACACAUUCUGGCUUUCUGUGGGAGAUGUGGGUAAGGGGAGGUCGACAACCGACACGACGCACAGUAGCGACGAUGUUCUUGCGCCCAACAACUAUAACAGCUCUGUAGCGUUGGAUAGUCUGAUGACGACCAGUGCCGAGUCAGAUCAGCAGGUCUACAACCUUGUUUCGAAUAAGACCUCGCGUCUCAUCGACUGGAACGUCGAUGUACUAUCGCGAUUGAUCAAACAAAUCGUGGCGCGUCGCAAGGCCUCCAAGGUACCAAAGAAGGACUCGUCCAAGCAAUACUUCUGUCCCGGCGACAACCGAGGAGCCGGGACCACGGUCCUGGACGAGGUGACGGAGAUUCUGGCUCUGCCGGAGUUCGACGCGGACGCUGCUCGUCGCCAGCAGGAUCCUGAGAACAUCGAGCUAGAUGACAGUAUCACGUCACAGCUGCAGCAGUACGUGUCCAAUGUGUCUGCCAUGUACCGGAACAACCCCUUCCACAACUUUGAGCACGCCUCGCACGUGACCAUGUCAGUGGUAAAGCUGUUGUCCCGUAUUGUGGCUCCCGUGGAUGUGGUGGUGUCGGACGGGAAGAACCAGAAGCGGUCCUUCGCCUCCAAGCUACACGAUCACACGUACGGCAUCACGUCGGAUCCUCUGACUCAGUUUGCUUGCGUCUUUUCGGCACUCAUUCAUGACGUCGACCACAGUGGAGUUCCCAACGCGCAGCUAGUGAAGGAGAACAGUAAGAUUGCUACAUUCUACCAGGGGAAGAGUGUUGCCGAGCAGAACUCCGUGGAUCUAGCUUGGGACCUGUUGCUAGACGACAGCUUCAAAGAUUUGCGAGCCGCCAUCUUUGCCACGGACGUGGAGAAGGCCCGGUUCCGACAGUUGGUAGUCAACUCCGUCAUGGCAACGGAUAUCAUGGACCCGGAUCUCAAGGCUAUUCGUAACGCACGCUGGGAGAAGGCCUUCACAGCCUCCCCAAAUAUGCAGGAAGACCUGAAAGACUUGACAAACCGCAAGGCGACGAUUGUAAUCGAGCACCUGAUCCAGGCCUCCGAUGUGGCACACACCAUGCAGCACUGGCACAUAUACCGGAAGUGGAAUGAGCGACUGUUCCUGGAGCUGUACCAGGCCUACAUAGCCAGUCGAGCAGAAAAGAGCCCGGAAACAUUUUGGUACAAGGGUGAGCUGGGCUUUUUCGACUUUUACAUCAUUCCACUGGCUAUGAAGCUGAAGGAAUGCGGUGUAUUUGGAGUGUCGAGCGACGAGUAUCUGAACUACGCGAUGCGCAAUCGCAAGGAAUGGGAAGACCGUGGUCAGGAAGUGGUGCGCGAAAUGAUGGAAAAGAUCAAAGGUAGGGUGAAGCGUUAUUGA